UUUACAAUUAUUGACAUUCCACAAUUCACAAAUCAAAUCACAAUCAGUGUUUAGAUUGUAAUUUGUAUGGUAUGAUUAGUGAUGGUGAUUCAUUUUCAUUUACUGAAAUUUAAUUGUUAUUAGAGUGAAAAUUGAUAAAACAUAGCUAAGGUUUACGUUUAUUCAAAAUGUGGGACCCAACACACGUACAAGUAACAGUGCAGCGAGCUCGAAGCUUGCUUAUUAAAGGUAAAAACGGUACAAAUAACUGUUUUGUUACGAUCUCCCUUGGAAAAGAUAAAUUUCAAACUUCUGUUAAACAUAAGAGUACUGAGAAUGUUGAUUGGUUUGAAGAAUGUGAAUUACGUAUUCCUUCACAAGGAAAUACUGCUGAAAUAGUCUUAAAAGUAUACUGCGAAGAUAUGAUUAAGGAUCAUUUAUUGGGUCAAGUAUCUAUUCCGUUAAAAGAUCUAGAUGGGUAUGAACGACCCAGAAAUCGGUGGUAUCCGUUGCAUGGAAAGACAGGAAAGGAAAAUGAUAAAAACAGAGGUGAACUUGAAGUAAAAGUAGCAUUCAUAGUAAAGGAAGGAAGUUUGUCAGAUCUUAGUAAAAAGGAAAAACAUAAAUCUUCUUUGUCCACUAUUGCUCAAAAUGUGGGUGGAAGUCUCAUGAGCAUAGGCAGCAUAGAAAAGCGUAAAAGUAUAAAGAAAUUAGCAAAAAAUUUAGGUUCAAAAAUGAAUCUUACCAAAAAAGACAAAAAGAGUGAGUCCCCAGCUCUUGGUGGAAGUGUUGGAAACCUAAGAAGUUCUGUGCUGUCUACUCCAGAUACAUCCACACCAAAAAGACCUUCAGGUGAAGCAGAUCCUGGGGUCAUUAGUGAAGAUGAAGAUGAAUUUGCUUUUGAUGAUUUAUCUCACAAAAGCUCAGGAAGUUCAUUAAAUGUACAAACAUCUUAUAUGCCUCGGAUAGCAAAGUACACACCUUCUCCAGUCAAUGCCUCACUGGAAAACUUAGGUGGUGGAGAAUUUUUAAGAAGAUCAACUAGUAGUAAUUUGGUCAUGUCUGAUAAAUCUACACCUGUGAAACCAGUCCGUCUCAGUCUUGACACAUUUACAACACCUCAACUGCCUGUCCAAGCUCUUGAUAAAAAUGAUGAAUGGUCACAGAAAUUAGUUCCAAGAAAAUCCAUGAGCCAACUGGCUAUUGAUAGAGAAAAAUCAUCAAGUCUUGAAAGAAACAAAAAAUUAGACAGUCCAAGUUCAUUAAAAGAAAAACCGAGCCCUAAAUUCUUCAAAAAAUUUGGUAACAGUAACAAACCCAAAAAGUUGCUUGAGGAGCGGAUUAUUGUUGGUGAAGAAAAUAUUGCUGAAGAGGACAGUAUUAACUCUGCUUAUAACAAUAUACCUAAAACUGUACAACAGCAAUUUGACGCAAUGUCACGGGAAGACUUGAUUGUAAUGAUUUACAAUUUGCAAAGAGAUGUUGAAUCCGAAAAGAAGAAAAAUAAGGACCUUGAAAACUAUUUGGACAACUUAUUAUUGCGGGUUAUGGAAACCACACCCAGGAUACUUCAGAAUCCAUACAUGAGAAAUAAUAGUAUGCAUAUUAGAAACAAAUAAUAUUUAUGCAGCUUGCAAAUGUAUACUCUUUAUUUGAAUUAAUAUUAUUUUAUUAAUUCGUUGAGAUUGAUGAUACGGAAUAACAUUAAAAAUAUAAUAUAUUUACUUUGUGCAUUUGCACUGAUACAGCAACUAGGUAGUUUAUACUUCCGUCCAAAUCUGUGCCUUCUAAGUAUUACAUGGGUCUGUGAUAUAACAUAUUCACUUUGAAAAUUAUGAUAUCAAAAACGCAAUACAAUUUUGAAAUGAAUAUAUUUAAAAGCAUUUUUAUAGGUAUAAAAGAAAUUAUUUAACUAUAUUUUGUAAAUAUGUCAGUUAGCAGCUAUGUUUACAUAAGAAUAAGCAAUUUGCUUAAUUAUUCAACCAUUAUGCAUGCAACCAAUGUGUGCCAAAACUUAAUUGAUGUUAAUAUCAUUAUAUAAUUUAAGUGAAGAUUAAAAUUGUAUCCAUGUUAAAGACUUUAGAAUUACAUUAAAAUAUAAUUUAGAAUAUACUUUGAUACAAUGAAUAAUCAAACCAGUGGGAGGCUCUUUUGCCGGAUGCCGGCUAGAUUAUGGGUACCACAACGGCUCCUAUUUCUGCCGUGAAGCAGUAAUGUGUAAACAUUAUUAUGUGUCAGUCUGAAGGGCACUGUAGCUAGUGAAAUUACUGGGCAAAUGAGACUUAACAUCUUAUGUCUCUAGAUGACGAGCAUAGUUGUAGUGCCGCUCAGAAUUUAUGGGUUUUUCAAGAAUACUGAGUGGCACUGCAUUGUAAUGGGCAUAGCAAAUCAGUUACCAUCAACUAAACAUCCUACUCGUCUUGUGCCUUAUUUUCAUAAAAAUUAAAAAAACAUGUAACACUGGUAGUAUUUAUUAGUCUGUUUACCCAUCAUUUAUUUUGGGCUCUGAACGGAAAUUAAAAUCAGUUGUAGACUGUCAAUUAUUUUUGUUCAUUAUAAUUGAUAUAUCAAUUGAAUGUGAAGUAUUAAUAAGAUGUAAUAGUUAAUUUCAUUUUUAAAAAGGUUGUUAUUGAAUAAGUUUAAAACAAGCUAAUACAUUCCAUUGUGCAAUAAGUAUAGUUUUAAAACACUAUUAUUGGAAGAUUUUGUUUGUAAAUAAAUAGAAAACAAUUGCAUAUCUUUUUGAAACAGAUUCAAUAAAAUUAUUGUAAUUCUACAAAAACAGAGUGGCACAGCUUAAUUAUUUAGGAAAAAUUAAUUUUUUUAUAUUAUAAAGUUACUCAAAAAUAUAUGAUAUAUAUUUCUAUGUAUGUUGAGUGAAUUAAUAUUGAUUUGUUGUAAGCCUUUGUUAUACUAAUUCUAAUUUACCUACUAACAUUUGCAUGUUAUUCUAAGUUUCUAUGAUGAUCAAAAAUUACAGUUAUAGUAAGAACUUCUUACUCUUAAUAAUAAUAGUUUAGUCGUAACUAAACAAAGAGCAAGAAAUGUUACUGAUUAUAUUAUCAUGUUUGUGGCAAUAAAUCUAAUUCAAAACA